CCCCUCCAAAGGAGCCAGUGCUGAUGUGCCGGUCCAACAACUACCCGAAGGGUUUCUACUGCAGCUGGCACCUGCCCACUCCCACCUACAUCCCCAACUCCUUCAACAUCUCUGUCAUACACGGCACGAGAGAGAUGGUCUGCGAGAAGGAUGUCUUUCCCAAAAACAGGUGUCACAUCAGAUACCUCCAGCUCUUCUCAACAGUGAAGUACAAGGUGACUCUGACAGUCACGAAUGCUCUGGGCAAAAGCUCCACCACUCUCACCUUUGAUGAGUUCACCAUAGUAAAGCCGGACCCUCCGGAGAGCGUGGUGGCCAAACCCGUGCCCAACAACCCUCGGAGGCUGGAGGUGUCAUGGCAAAACCCCUCAUCCUGGCCUGAUCCUGAGUCUUUCCCACUGAAGUUCUUCCUGCGGUAUCGGCCCCUCAUUCUGGACCAGUGGCAACACGUAAGCGAUGCUGAGCUGGCUGGGACGGGAGGGA